CGUGGGGAUUCCGGUUUAUCCAGUCGGCUCCUCCUGGUUUAAACCGCAGCAGCUCUGAGUCCCGCCUCAGUGUCAGCAGCAGCAGCAGCAGCAGCAGCAGCAGCAGGAUGGCCUCCAACACUGCCACCAUGGGGAACCUCCCCAGCGGGAUCGGAAUAUGUACGACCAUCCCGGACAUCCUCUACCUGCCAGAACUGAUCUUCGGUGGUCUGGUAUGGAUCCUGGUGGCGUGCACGCUGGUGGUGCCGGCGAACCCUCAGGGCUGGGUCAUGUUCGUCUCCAUCUUCUGCUUCAUCAUGACUUUUAUCUGGAUGGUGGUGUUCGCCUGCGGGGGGCAUCACAACAAGGGCAGCUGGGCUGCAGCAGACUUUGCGUAUCAUGGCAUCGCUGCCUUCUUCUACCUCAGUGCUUCAGUGUCUUUGGCCAGAGUGACCCUGGAGAUGAAAAACGGGAGCAACUUCCGAAACUACCAGCUGGACAUCUCUGCAGUGGUCUUCUCGUACGUGGCGACUCUCCUCUACUUCAUCCACACCAUCCUGUCUGCCAUCCGAUGGAAAUCUUUCUAGAGGUUUCCUCCCUGCAGAGCCUCGUGAACCAGAACAGAACAGAUUUUUUAAGCUGUGGCGCGCUGACAUGAAGGGAGGGCCGAUGGUGAUGGGGACUGUCAGGCUGUGGGUUUUGAUUAUCCCUCUGCUGGGAGGGGAAGCUGCAUCUGGAUCAUCACAGCAGAUGUCAGUGUCCAGCUGUCUGAAGCAGGAGGAACUUCAGGGAUGAAUGAGUUUAGGCUUCACUAAUAAAAUAGUUGAGUUAAGUAUUCUUGUUUUACUCUGAGCUGAUUGAAGAAAGGGUGGCUGCUUUUAUAUUUUUAAGUCUCUACACAAGAAAGUUAAAUUAAAUGUUGAUCAGAACAGGAAAUUGAACCAGGGUGUAAAUUGUGAUUGUUUUUUGUUUUUUUGUAAUGUAAGCCAUUAUAACUGACUUUAGUACAUUUUUGAGACUGCAGAAAUAAAGGAAAAUGAAUAAA